CCCGUCCCGGAGGAGAACGAGGAGGAGUAUGACCAUGUUACAGCUCCGUAGCGGACCCCCCGAGCUUGACCUCAACCAACUCCGUCUCACUCCCAACCGCAUCGCCAUGUCCGAUGUGGAACCCUCCUACGGCCGUUGCGACGCUUCUUUGUUUAUGGAAUCACGCAAAUGUUCGAGGGAUCUCUGAGAUUGAGGGUGGAUCGAAUGUCAGCAACCGCACAUGAUGGGUAAGCCACAGCAUGAAUCAAUAGCAAAAGCCCCGAGAGCCCGGGACAUCAGGAAAGCCCGAGACUUCACGCUCUGGAUCGGCGGAUGGCCGCCUGCUGUCAGCUCAACUGAUGAUGUACCUAUUGCUGACGUGAUGCUAGUCAACGGGCUAAGGACCACAUCUUGCCGUGUGACUACCAUGGGAUUGUUUUCAGGCUGUUGGUUAUCCCUCGCACCGGAUACCGUCGUGGUACGAAACGGACCCGAGUGUCUUGACCGGGUCCGGGAGGUCAAUGGUCAAGUCGUUUCACUAACCGUUGUUGGCGACCGGUCCCUGGGCAAAGAGUACCUGACCAGAAACGCCAGGUGCACGUUCACUUGGACAAGAGUAAGGCCUGCCUAUCCGAGGAAGAGUUCGGUAUUAAGUUACAAACUGAGCGCUGUACCUGUCCGAUAUACGCGAAAGUCCGAGCAAGCUGCUAUGUUUCUUUAGGAGACUGAGUGAUGAGUGUCGGAGCACUGGCGCUCGGAACCCAUCCGUUGAGCAGGACGAAAGGCAUAUGACGGUUGAAACACCAUCCAAACAGAAGUGCAGAACUUCGGUCACCAAGAAUCUCUGCUCGGCAGUCAAUUCUCCAAAGUCUGCAUAAGUUCAAAUGCAGAAUACUUGGG